CCCAAUUUUGAUGUCUCUCGAUGCCAACGCUCGAUCUGUCUGUUUUGUGAGUGAAUGGAACGAACGUAUGUGGUCUGUCUAGCGCAUCCUCUCGUUACACCGUCAGUCACGCCACGCACUGCAGUCAUAUGUAUGUAUGCGGUGCUCGCUUGUCGGUCCGCGAGCGCACACACGCACAUACACAACACACAUACACACACACAUAGGGAGAGAGCCAUUCUGGUCAGUCAGUCAGUCAGUCAGUCAGCUUGAGUUGACUGACCCCGAUACACAGACAGACGCAUUCAUUUCAGAGACGGCGAGGGGGUAUCGACACGACAGACUGGCCCAUGCGUGUGCAUGGCUGGCUUGGCACGCACACGGCACAGGGCCGGCCGUCAGUGAUCCCUCAGCGAGUGAUCAUGAGUGAGUGAGUCACGCAUAGACGCAAAUUAACACACACACAUGCAUGCAUGCAUGCCAUGCAGGAAAAUAGGAAUACAAAUGACUCACUCACUGACUGACCGAAGGAAGACGCCGUGUACUGUAUGCUACCCGCAUAAGGAUACGUACAUACUGCUGGCGCCGGACCGGGCUGCCGGAAAAGGGAGGGCCGCGAAUGCGACCUGACCACCCAUACACACGAAUCGGUGGGGUGGGUGGACGGACAAGGACAUCCUUGUCCGUCCAAUGUCCUUGUCCGUCCACCGUGGCCAUCGGCUAUCUCUCUCUCUUUCUCUCUCUCUCCCCCAGACCCACCCUCACCUGCGGCUUAAAACUCCGCGCAGGGUGUGAUGUGGCCUCUCGCUCCUUCGCCCGCUAUGUAUCACUUGUUUCAAGACUGCGAUACACAAUGAAUGCUACACACUCCUCUUUGCCCAGGCCUGCUUGUGCCUGCUGUGCUGUGUGCCGCUCUCUGUGGGCACGCUCGCUACUCGCUACUCACGCACACACACACAUGCAUACAUAGGUAUGCAUCACACACAUCCCUCCCCCCGACACCACACACACCAUGCCCUCCCCUGGCUCCUCCACCCCUCCCCUCCCUCCCUCCCUCUCUCGCUUGCCUGCCGCUCUGUCGCUCUCUCACGCCUUGGCCUCCUCCUCCUUGGGCGCCUCCUCGGCCUCCUUGUCGGCUUUGCCUGCGGCCGCGUCAGCCUUCUUGUCGGCGGCGGCCUCGCCCUCGCCCUCAGCAGGCACCUCGGUGUCGUCGGUUUUGGUCUUCUUGGCCUCCUUCUCGCCCUCAGCCGCCUCCUCGGCAGGCCGCUUCUCGCCCGCCUCCUCGCCCUCCUGCAGGCCACACACACAUGCAGCCAGCGAUGGACGGAGAGACAUACAUGGCACGGCAUGGCGUUGGUUGUGUGGUACGGCGUAUUUGAUGUUGCUGGCACACCUUCUUGUCGUCCAUCUUCUUGUCGGUCUCUUUGGCUUCUUGCUCGGCGGGUGUGUCCUUCUUGCCGUCGGUGUCGGUCUUCACCCCGUUGGUGUCGGGCUCCACCUUCUUGGCCUCAUCCUGCACACACAUGCGACGCGCACACACACACACACAGGAAAGAGAAAGAGGGAGGUAGGUCGUGUCGACAGCCAUCCCGACACGCGUCUGUCUGUGUGUCCCUCCCUCCCUCCCUCCCUCCCUCCCUGCCUCCCUCCCGCAGUGCUGAGCAGAGCAGCCACAUGCUCAUCUACUCGCCCGCCUCCAUCCCUUCCUUGUCCCUGGCUGGCUGCCAUGGUGUCUGCAUUGCGUCAGGCCUACCUUGUCGGUCUGCUCCUUGGUCUCUUUGGUGGCCGGCACCUCAGCGGCUUUCUCCGUGGUCGACAUGCUUACAAAAGAUGCGGAGACGACGGAAGGGCGGCGAGAGAAAGAUCCAAACGACAAGGCGUCUCUACAAGUGGGGAGAUGCUAGAGGGGAGUGCUUUU